AUGUCACCAAACAAGUAUGAAUUCUCAUUCGGCACAAGGCCCUCCCGCCCCGGGGGCAUCCUUGGUCGUUGCCUCUCCUCCUAUGUCGCACAAACUAUCCGACAACGAUUCAUCUGGCUGAAGUGGGCUUUCCUGCUACACUGUGUCCUAAGCUCUGCAUUUUUUGCUGUCAGGGUCAUCUUGCCAAAUCUUGGAAUGAUCCUCCCUGUCAAUAGAGGUAUCCCUAGUCUGGCUGUCCAAAUCACGAAUCCCCUCGCAGGUCUUCCAAUGGCACAUUUACUUACCAAGCUAACCGCAAUUCACCCUCAACCGAAGGCCUUGGAUCCGUACGUUCUAAAGGCGACUGUGGAUCCUGCUGCCGUAACGGCGUGUCUCUGGUCAACGGAUCAAGACCUCAGUUUGAUAAACUCGUGGGCACAACGGUGGACAGGUCCGAUCUCGCUCCUUGUGACGACGAAAGUAGAGCCUUCCUCCACCGAACACGCUGCUCUCCUCACCUCAGUCUUGGAUCUGCGGACAAAGCAUUCACUGCUCGCGUCCACGCUCUCUGUACAUCUGGUCCAUUUAGAUGCACAGACGCGUGACAACCCGAACGCAUUCCUCAACCUCGCUCGGCUCUUCUCGCAGACUCCUUACGUCGCCCUCUUCCCUGGUAACCUCUCCACUGCGCCACCCAAGACGCUCUACCGCUCUCUCAAGCCGGCCUUUGGCUCUACUAGCUCAUCUAGAGCGAUCGUCGGACCCUCGUUGCAGAAAGAGGGCCAGCGCCCAGCCAUCCUUACUACACGGGGUCAAACGGGCUUCCCCUUCUCCCUACUCGCACCGGUUGUGCUGCCACGCGACGAUCCGCUGUGGUGCACGGAGCGAUUUUUCCUGUCUUCUACAGCAGCUGCAACUGCGAACACACGCGCGGCAGACUGGGAAGAGUGUCUCUGGCAGAUCUGGCUGGAAAAUUUUGGUGACGUCGACGUGCGUCCUACACGCGGUUGGUUGCACGAUGUGUUCCCCGCCGCUGCCCCAACGGGCAGCGAUGCAGCGAUGACAAAGCUGCGCAAGCGGCUGGUCACAAAGUUCCGGAGCGAGACGUGCGUUCUUGCCACACGGCAGCUCGCAGCGCUCAGGAGCGCAGACAAAGCACUGGAUGCGAAGAAGGCGCGCUGGCUAAAGCGAUCGUCUAGUGGGAGUGGAGCCAUGUAG